AUGAUGAUUUUUGCUUACGAUAAACUUGGGAUAAUUGUCACUGAUCGAGUUCCAAUUUGCAGUAGUGUAACCGGGGAUUACUACAAAACAUUCCUUGCCAAAAAAUUGCGNGCUCUUUUGGAGAAAUAUGGAUGGGAACGCCUCAAACACCCACCGUAUUCGCCGGAUUUAAGUCCCCCGGACUUUGAUUUAUUUCCAAAACUGAAGGAACCACUUAGAGGGAUCCGUUUUCCCAACUUAGAUAUACUAAAUGAAGAAGUGAGCCGAAGGAUCCGUAAACUCAACAAAGAUGGCGUCCUAUGCGGCAUUCAAGCGCUCCCGAAACGAUGGCAAUCGUGUAUAGGCAAGCAGGGAGAUUAUAUCGAAGGUCUAUAA